AUGACUUCAAAGUAUCUCGCAAACCACCUACGCUUUUCUCUGUCGCUCGCUAGCCGGAACUAUAGGGCUUUUUCGACAGUGCAGAAAUGCUACGAGAACCAGGACAUCGUCACCGAUUGUAGCCAUUCACUCCAACAUUUCGAACAGAUAUUCGAAACAGACUCCAUCAAGUACUCUUUUGGCUACGGUCUGGGGGUAUUUCCGCAGGCCGGGUACGAUACGGCCAAAACCAAACCUCAGAUCGAUGUAGUACAUGUUGUAGACGAUGCCACGAGGUUCCAUGAGUACAAUACAAAACAAUUUCCCAAGCACUACUCGUUUCUCAGACAGCUAGGCGUCUCUUCCAUCGUUAAGGUUCAAGAGUUCGGCGCUGGUGUCUACUACAAUCCCUACGUAAGCAUUGAGGACGACCAGGGGGUCGAAAGUAUGAUCAAAUACGGAAUUGUCACCGAGGACGUUCUAUUCAAGGACCUUACUGAGUGGUCGACGUUCUAUUUGGCGGGACGGCUACAGAAACCGGUGCGUCACAUUUUUGGCAGCGACAAUAGACUAAAAGAAGCCAACGACUACAAUUUGCAGAGUGCGUUCAAUCUCCUGUUGGUUCUCCUCGCGCUUGGAAAGAAGCGAGACCUCACCGUGUCGCAUUUAUUUGAAAAAAUCGCCCUGCUCUCUUACAUGGGAGAUCCCCGAAUGCUAGUGGGCGGCGAGAAUCCAAAUAAGGUCAAGAACAUUGUCAUGCGCCAGAUGCCCUAUUUUGAGCAAUUGUACGCUCCAGCCAAGGAGCUAGCGUUGUCCAGAGGAUACGCUACCUUUGACAAAGAUACCCUUGUGCCAAGCAAAGAUAUCCGGGUGAUAUCUGGAAUUCUAUCAGAGCUCCCACUCCAAUUCCGCGCCCGCCUAGCUAGAUCGUAUCAACGGAAGUACUCGCUGCAGUGUGGAAAGGAUCAACCCUGUGAGGGUGGCUCUGACUUUCUCGAUGCAAUCUCGGGAGACAAUUAUUUACGCCGAACGCUCCUCACCACCAUUCUGGCAACGACCGCAUAUCCUGCGUUGGUUCAGUCACUCAAGGGUAUUUUGACUGCGGGCAUUGUGAAAUCAACGAGAUAUGCUUGGGAAAAGAAGAUGAAGAGCUUCAAGAAAUAG